GGGAUGCUUGACUCAAGUGAAUGGUGGAGCAAGUAGUGACCCAGGAACCGAAGGACUUAGUGGCAGUCCGUUUUGGCUUCUUUUCCUUUUCCCAUUUAGUUUCCGUACUCUGACAUUUGAAGAUUAGGAAUGUUCCUCAGUUUGUGUCGUCGAGGGACUGCUAUUGGCCAGCAAGGUUUCAGACUUGGAAAAUGACUUUUCUUUCUGCAGCUCAGUGUUUAAUUGGAAAAGUCUUUGGUGCGGCUGUCAAUAGUACAAGUGACGAUGACUGCGUCUUCACAUACGACUGCAGUGCUGCGGAGAAAAAGUCAGUGCCAGGAGAUAAAGGGGAGGACGGACAGCCCAUCGACAAGGGGAGUGACACGAUUCUGGCGUCCACCUUCUCCAAGUCUGGCAGCUAUUUUGCUUUAACUGAUGACAGUAAGCGUCUGAUUCUUUUCCGUACAAAACCAUGGCAAUGUCUGAGUGUCAGGACUGUGGUGCGGAGGUGCACUGCCCUGGUUUUCACAGCCUCAGAAGAUCAGGUCUUGGUGGCGGACAAAUCUGGAGAUGUCUACUCCUUCUCGGUGCUGGAGCCUGAUGGAUGUGGCAAGUUGGAACUUGGGCACCUCUCCAUGCUGCUAGAUGUGGCUGUGAGUCCUGAUGACCAGUUUGUGCUCACUGCGGACCGGGAUGAGAAGAUCCGGGUCAGCUGGGCUGCUGCUCCGCACAGCAUCGAGGCUUUCUGCUUGGGACACACAGAGUUUGUGAGCCGCAUCUUGGUUGUGCCCAGUCAUCCUGAGCUGCUGCUUUCCUCCUCUGGGGAUGGUACCUUGAGACUUUGGGAGUACAGGAGUGGCUGCCAGCUGCAGUGUUGUGACCUGGCUAGCCUUCGGGAGCCUGCAGACCAUCAAGACCACAAGGGGUUGGCUGCAUCCAGGAUUGCAUUCUGGGGACAAGAGAGCUGCGUAGUGCUUCUGUGUGAGUGCGUUCCUGUGGUCUUCAUCUUCCAGCUUGAUGCCAGCAAACAGCAGCUGGUGUUCAGACAGCAGCUGACUUUCCCUCAUCGAGUGUGGGAUAUCGUCUUUGAGGAUUCGCAGGGGCUGUGGGUUCUGCAGGACUGUCGUGACGCUCCCCUAGUGCUCUGGAGGCCUGUGGGUGGUCAGUGGCAGGCUGUUCCUGAAGGUGCUGUGUCCAGGAGACUCUGCAGCCAUCUUCGUGAGAGCUGGGCCAUGCUAGAAGGCUCUGUGGGUGCAGAUGAUGGCUUCCGCAGUCUUUACAAGGCCACCUUUGACAACAUGACCUCUUACCUGAAGAAGAAAGAAGAGAGACUACAGCAGCAGCUGAAGAAGAAGCGACAAAGGAGCCCCCUCCCACAGUCCCCAGAACAGACCAAAAAGGCAUGCUCCGAGCAGUCAGCCCUUGGUUGCUGACCCUGAGCUUGGCAGCAGCUCUCAGCCCUGAGGCCUCAUGGGCCACUCUCCCUCCUCCCUCCUGCCUGGUUCAUCCACAAGGAGAGAGGGAGGUCAUGGCAGCUCAGUCCCCACUACUAGCUCCACAACUGUCUUUGUCACGGAGGACAGCCUCCCGCUUACCUGCCUCCCAGUGGCAGGAAGGACGUGGUGUGUUAGCCUAGCUAAUGAUUCUGCAUAGCGCUGUGGAAGCACCUUCACAUUGAAGGAUACACUGACCUGCAGCACCACAUACAUCUGUCUGUCUGCCCGCAGAUCGUCUCUAGGAGUCCUGCGAGCAGGACCUGUGUCCACGCCAUUGGUGUGCACAGAAUGGCUCACAUGGAGCUGCUUGCUGUUGCUCUGUACUCACGAAGCCACACAUGGUGAGGGCCUCAGUCUCAAGCAGGCCUGGCAUCGGUGCUGGAGCAGGCCUGCUACAGGGCACACGUAUAAAGAUGUGACCUUGGCCAGACCUUGAUGUCCAGGGAAUGACUGGUGAUGGGGUCCAUCGCUUUGAACUCUGCACACUGCAGAACACAAACACAGAAUCAAUAAAGACAAACUUUGCAUAGCU